CUAAUCGUGUGCGUAAGUCUACUCGUCUUGGGCCAACCGUUUCAAAUCACGUUUCUAGAGAGUUGAAAAAGCAAUCCGCUGUUCGCAAGGCAGCCUUGCUGGCAUCGAAAAAACGCGAAAAAACCAUGAUAAAGCACCAUUUCAAAAAACAUCAAGUUAGUGUCUAUAGUGUGGGCGACGAAGUGUUCGUAAAAUCUCAAACUCGGAAAAACUACAAUAAAGCUAGGCCCCGUUUUGAAAGAGGAAAAAUAAUCGACACAAAACACAACGCGUUCUCUUACAAAAUCAGGUUUUCCAAUGGGGUGUCGCGUUGGAUAAAUGUACAAAAUAUAGCUGCAAUUUCACGUUCCGAAGAACUGUUAAAAAGACAAAAACGUCAUCGAUUAAGGCUUGAUCCGUUGUGCGAAUGUAACAAUGAUAAAUGCUCUCGAAAAUCGGAUCCGAACUGUGUACACAAACUAAAUAAAUUUUGUUGCCGCGAAAGCAAAGUUCCUUGUUCACUGCCUUCCCACAAUUUCCCGCAUAUAUCGGAUUUCUAUCUUUCUGAUAAUUUAAUAAACCAACUUAAAGGACCGAGCCUCUCGAGAACCGAUACAGCCCAUGACGAUUUGGUUCGAAAUGCGCUUGAACGAGAUUUAAUUCCUGUUGGGAACAUUCCUAAAGACGGUAGCUGUCUCUUUCAUUCAGUUGCACAAUCGCUUUCUAAUCAUUUACAAAUCGACCUUAAUCAGCAAGAUAUUCGAAAUGUCGUGGUAAACUGGCUCUCCGAAAACCCCGAAACACCAGCAGGCGACCGCUUUUCACACUUCGUACCUAAUUUAGACUGGGAUACCUAUUUAGAGGGCAUACUAGGUACCGAAUGGGGCGACCACAUCUGCAUCACGGCCAUCGCGAACGCAUUUAAUAUUGCAGUAGGUAUCGUGUCGAGCUCCCAGUCAGACUUAAAUUACAUUUUGCCUUUUGAUCGACAAAAUAAGGAACAUCUUUUACACAUUUAUUUAGGUCAUGAAUUCGAGUUUCAUUUUAUUAGGUUAGAACCGAUACCGGGCAUGCAGGCGGAUAUUUGUAUUAAUGAAGUUAAUUUUCAUACUGUAAAUACUAUGUGUAUUCCAAACAGGGAUCUCAACUCAAACCAAAACAGCACAUAUAAUAACUAUGUUCACAGUACUGAUUUUUCUUACCAUUCGUUUCAGGAAGUUCAAAUUGAGCCUCAGCUAACAGAUUAUUCUAGUGAUUCGGUUCUCCACCUUCACCUAUCCACUAACGAAAGUUCGUUAUCCCCUCCGGUCAGCCAUCUUGAUAAAGAGCCUCUGGGUUCAUUUCCCGACAGUGUAUCAUUUCGGACUGAAAAUGAACACAUCGAAGCCCCUGUUCCGCCAGCAUUUGAGACACCGACAUUACAGCGCUUUUCCCCAACAGCAAUCUACGAGACAAACAAUCUGAGCUCCACAGAGAAAGACAGGUUAUCUCCCCCAAGUCUAAAUUCAUCAUUUUAUUUAUCUCCACCUUCUCUAACUCCUAUUACAGAUAUGAUAAAGGAUUCAAAGUCAGAGGAACAGCCACCAUUAUUAUCACCUGUUCGCUUGAGGUCUAACGUGCGACCCCCUAAGAAGUUCACACCCAGUGAUUAUGUCAGGGCACGUAAGCAAAUUUUUCCCGAAACAGAAAAUGUAAACCGUAAGCAAUUCACCGAUUUACCUUACUUCAUUCAGCGCAAUAUUUUGUCUCUUGUAAUAUACAAAAAUUUCAGCAUGUUUUUGACUUUAAUAAGGGUUUCAACACACUUCAAGCAUUUGCUAGGCACCCUUCAUAAUUUGUGUCCUAAAAUUUACUUAAAUGAAAAUGUCAUGCUUUUAUUGGAAGGUAAAUCUGUGUUCCCAGAGGGCGUAAGGCACAACUGGUCUCUUCGUCAGUUGGGUCGAGUGUCAGGUUCGGGUAGUGGCGUAAUGAUGGAAUUACAGAAUGUAUUGCGACCGAUUUCUUCCCGAUGGAUUAAUGGUUACAUCGAGAUACUGGCAACAGCAAUCGCCGGAUGGUACUAUAUUGUCGAUUUUAAAUUUAAAAAAUAAAGGAUAAAACGUGCAAAUCUUCCCGCAUAAACGCGUUCAAUAUCGUGCUUAUUACCUAAUAAUUUAUAAACACUGUCAGUAUAUGGUGGUAUGGCCUUUUCCCUCUGAUUAGGCUUCCAGUUGGAGCCACCAUUCGCGCCAAAUGCAUAACGUAAUGCUAAAAUGUGGUACGGCCUGUCUCCUUACGAGCUGGUUUCCAGUUGGAGC